GUUUAAGCAAUGUGAUUGAUUAAAUAUUGAAUGUUGAAAAGUUUACACACAAAACUUAGAAAUGUUAUUGUAAUGUGAUUUGACUUGUAUUGAAGUUCAGUGCUAAACUUUAUUUUAAAAUGAAAGUUUUCAGAAAUCUUAUUUUAACAAUCCUAAUAUUGUGCAUUCAAGAUUGUAUGUCUGAUGAGAUUGUUAAAGCAAAUGAAGUUUCAAAACAAAUAGAAUUGCAUGAAAAUGAAAUCUGCGAAUAUGUGGAAAACGAGCAUUUGAGCAAUGGUGCAGGCUUUUGGGGCGCUUACAAUUGCUCAAAUUUUAAAGAUGAUUGGACUUCACAAACUACAUUAACUUGUAUAGAAAAUUUGCAGGGACCCGUUUGCUCGCAUGUGCACAAUAAUUCUAAAGAAUGGAGAAUGUUAGAUGAUACCAGUUGUAUGUUAGAAGUAUACGAUUUGGUAGAUAUUGAAGAAAAAAUUAACGUAGAUUACACUGCCAAAGUCCAACAAAGGCGAUUUAAAUACAUAUGUGAUACAUUUUUCCAUCUGACUCAGUCGAUUGAUGUUCUUGCCUCCCAAGGCACAAUCGUGAAUCCGAUUAUUACCAAUCAUCCACUUUUUCCCGAGCAUUUGAAAAGUUCACAUAGUUCUACAUUCAGUUAUACAUCCAAUUUCGAGACAACUGUACACGUUGAUUCUGGUGAGAAAGAUCUGGAAUAUGAACUAUUGUUCGGAAAACUUGGCUCAGACUCGGAGAGUAAAUAUUAUCAAGAAGUAAAAGAUGCUUACAAAUAA